CCCUAUCGCUCCCCACUCCCCAGAUGGCGGCGCCGACCUCCUUCUCCGGCGAGGUGUGGGCGGAGCUCCGCCUGGCCGACGCCCGCGACGUGCCCCACAUCUACAGCCUCAUCCACCAGAUGGCCGAGUUCGAGCUCCUCACCGAUCUCUUCGCCGCCACCCACGAGCUCCUGCAAUCCACGCUCUUCCCCACGCCGCAGCCCGCCCCCUUCGCCUCCUUCACCGCCCUCAUCCUCGACCUCUCCCCGUCCCCCGUCUCCGCCGCCGCCGACACCGUCGGCUCCCUCCGCCUCGACCUCUCGGCCUCCCCGCUCGCCGACCCGGAGGCCGCCGCGUUCCCCUCCCCGCGCGGCGCCGGGCGCGUCACGGCCGGGUUCGUGAUCUGCUUCCCCAACUACUCCUCCUUCCUCGCCAAGCCCGGGCUCUACGUGGAGGACAUCUUCGUGCGCGCGCCCUGGCGCCACCGCGGGCUCGGCCGGAUGAUGCUCUCCGCCGUCGCAGGCAGGGCCGCCGAGAUCGGGAUGGGCCGCGUGGAGUGGUGCGUCCUCGACUGGAACCAGAACGCCAUCGACUUCUACGAGGGGAUGGGCGCCGAGGUCUUCACCAAGUGGCGCAUCUGCCGGCUCACCGGCCCCGCCCUCCACAAGUACAAGGGCGCUGGCAGUGCCACUGCCAGCCAGGAGGAGCACGACGCCGGGAAGCCGGAGUAGGUCAGUAGUUCAGGCUCCUGAGAUUGUUGGUAAUAAGGACUACAGUAGUAGAUUUCGCAUCCGCUUCUCUGGUCCACUUGGUGUGAGUCAUGUAUUCUUGCUAUACUGUGAUUUAGUGAAUUGAUCUGUUCUCCAUGGAGAUGCAUUAGUGUGAUGUCAGAUGUAGGAACUUGUUCUUGCUCUUGCCUAUGUCGUGUCCAACCUUGGAAUGUAUCUUGAAUUCAGUCUGAAACUGGAAUUCAGUUAUGAUCAAUGCGUUAGGGUGAUGCUCACA